ACGGCAUGGUCAGGACUGAAGGUCAAUUUUUCUUUGCCAUAUAUUCAGAGCUUUAACUCAAGAUCUAGAUUUGUCACUUGUUUUUAUUUAUUUUAUGAUACUCUCUCAAACAUAAGUUACUUUUCUAACAAAAGUCAAAUCUAUGCAGAGAUAACAGCAUUAAGUCGACACUGAGUUAUGUGCAUUACAUUUAAGAAAGAAUGAACUUCAGAGGGUUGCUAUGGGAAAUGGAAGAUGUCUCGAGCUCUGGAAAAAACGGAAACUUCCGGCAACUUUACUGAGCUGCGUCACCCUCCUUGGAGAAACUUGAACGAUAACAGAGAGCAUGUUAUCGUUUCUUCGCCGCCUACCGACGUGCGUGUUGUCGUCGCGGGUGCGGUUGGCCGGUUUUUGCUGCUACGACGACCGAGCUGCACGGGAAGGUGCUCGAGUGUUGGCCGGCUUUGGUGGUUCUCACUGCCGCACACAGCACACGGAACCUGCAGGUGUUGUGGAGGUGGACCUAAGGAAACUACGUGGGGAAGACGAUGGUAUCGCGGAGGUGCUCAUGUGUCGACACAAGGCCCGAAACGCUCUGGGCCAUGUGUUUGUGUCCCAGAUGAGAGCGCUGAUGUCCGUGCUGUCCAAUGACGACUCAGCAGUACGUGUGCUCGUCUUCAGGAGUUUAGUUCCCGGUGUCUUCUGUGCAGGCGCCGACCUGAAAGAACGAGCGUUGAUGGACGACCGAGAAUCCGAUUUGUUUGUUCACGGCCUGCGGGGCCUUAUGACUCAGAUAGCCUCGCUGCCCAUGCCCACCAUAGCAGCCAUUGAUGGGGUGGCUCUAGGAGGAGGACUGGAGCUAGCCUUGGCCUGUGACCUUCGCACUGCUGCAUAUUCGGCCCAGAUGGGCUUGAUUGAGACAACACGGGGGCUGCUUCCAGGGGCCGGUAAGACACACACAUUAAUAAGGACGUUUUUUCCCCCCGGUGGGGCUGACCUUGAGGUGGUCUUGUGCGGCACAGGGGGUAGUCAGCGGCUGCCGCGCACCGUAGGCAUCACUCUGGCCAAGGAGCUGAUCUUCACAGGGAAGCGCGUGGGAGGGCGGGGGGCAAUGGAGAUGGGCCUGGUGAACCGAGCGGUGGACCAGAACGAGACUGGAGAUGCCGCUUACUCAGAAGCACUCAGCCUGGCCAGAGAGAUCCUGCCGCAGGCUCCCAUCGCCGUGCGGAUGGCAAAAGAGGCAAUGAACAGAGGCACUGAGGUUGACAUCACCUCAGCAAUGGCGAUAGAGAGAAUGUGCUAUGCUCAGGUCAUCCCGACACGGGACAGACGCGAGGGAAUGGCGGCAUUCAUAGAAAAGAGACCUCCGCGAUAUACUGGCAAAUAAUUUUUGUUUUUGGUGAUGAACCACUUUGUUUUUUGUUUUUUUAUAAACUGUAUAUGUAAAAUCUCCACAUGAAUGGCACUUACAAAGCUGAAACCACUACAGUAAAUUAAUUCAGGAAGCCAAUAAGCCGAAAAUGUGUCUCACAUAUGAAAAAAAUUCAAUAAAACAAUGUAAACCUA